AUGGAAACUUUGUCUUUCCCCAGAUAUAAUGUAACUGAGAUUUUGGCUUAUAUUCGGAACAUGAUCUUAACAGGAGCUGAUGGAAAAAGUCUCACCAAGAGUGAUCUUUACCCAAAUCCUAAGCCUGAAGUCUUGCAUAUGAUCUAUAUGAGAGCCUUGCAAAUAGUAUAUGGAAUUCGACUGGAGCAUUUCUACAUGAUGCCAGUGAACUGUGAAGUCAUGUAUCCACAUAUAAUGGAAGGCUUCUUACCAGUCAGCAAUUUAUAUAUUCAUCUGGACUCAUUUAUGCCUAUCUGUCAGGUGCAUGACUUUGAGAUUGCUGAUAUUCUAUAUCCAAAAGCAAAACGGACAAGUCGGUUUUUAAGUGGCAUGAUCAACUUUAUUCACUUCAGAGAAAACUGCCGUGAGACAUACAUGAAAUUACUUUGGCAAUAUAAAUCCUCUGUGGACAAAAUGCAACAACUGAAUGCUGCACACCAGGAAGCAUUAAUGAAGUUGGAGAAACUUGAUUCUGUCCCAGUUGAAGAGCAAGAAGAAUUCAAGCAGCUUUCAGAUGACGUUCAGGAGCUGCAGCAGUUGCUGAAUCAGGAGUUCCGCCAGAAAACUAUAGUGCUUCAAGAAGGAAAUUCCCAGAAGAAAUCAAGUAUUUCAGAGAAAACAAAACGUUUGAAUGAACUAAAAUUGACCCUGGCCUCUUCUAAAGAAGUACAAGAGAGUUUGAAAGCAAAAGUUGUGGAUUCCCCAGAGAAGCUAAAAAAUUACAAAGAAAAAAUGAAAGAUACAGUCCAAAAGCUUAAAAAAUCCCAGCAAGAAGUGAUGGAAAAAUAUGAAACCUAUCGAGACUCGGUUGACUGCCUGCCUUCAUGUCAGCAGGAAGUGCAGUUUUAUCAAAAGAAAAUACAAGACCUUGCAGAUAAUAGGGAAAAACUAGCCAGUACCUUAAAGGAGAGCCUGAAAUUGGAGGAUCAAAUUGAGAAUGAAGAAUCAGAAUUGAAAAAACUGAAGGCUGAAGAAAAUUCAUUGAAAAGACUGUUGGUUGUGAAGAAGGAAAAGCUUGCCACAGUACAAUUCAAAAUAAAUAAGAAACAUGAGGAUAUCAAGCAGUACAAACGCACAGUAAUUGAGGAUUGUAAUAAAGUUCAAGAAAAAAGAGGUGCUGUCUACGAGCGAGUAAUCACAAUUAAUCAAGAAAUCCAAAAAAUAAAAUUUGGAAUUCAGCAGCUAAAAGAUACCACUGAAAGAGAAAAACUGAAAUCUCAGGAAAUAUUUCUAAGCUUAAAAACUGCUUUGGAGAAAUACCACGAAGGCAUUGAAAGAACAGCAGAGGACUAUUGUGCUAAAAUUGAUGAGAAAGCAGCUGAACUAAAGAGGAAGAUGUUCAAAUUUCCAGCAUGA